AUGGAACGUUGUUUUCAAGGUUGGGUGGUUUUGUUAGCUAUGUUAGUAUUGGCAAUAAGUAUGCCAUGUUCACAUGCUAUUCGGGUAACCAAAACUAAGACCAGGUCUGGCGUUUAUUUUUCUCCUAAGUUUGUGUUGGCGCCAGGAUCAGUUGCAGACAAAUAUUACUAUGAUAUCCCCUUUCCAAAAGGUCAUAUUGGCCUCAAGAGUUUCAAUGCUGAAGUAAUUGAUGAAGAGGGGAAUCCCAUCCCCCUUCAUGAAACUUAUCUCCAUCAUUGGGUUGUUGCUAGAUAUUAUGCCCGGACAGGUUUUGUUGAGCCAGAGGAGACUGGUUUUCAGGACCUUAAAAAGUCAGAUUUUACUUUCGUGAGAAACACUGGAAUGUGCCAGAAUAAUGUUCUUGGACAGUAUUUUGGACUUGGGUCGGAAACACGAAACACAUCCACUCAUGUUCCAGAUCCCUAUGGAAUAGAAGUUGGGAAUCCUGCAGAGGUUCCUGCUGGGUAUGAGGAGAGAUGGAUGCUCAAUGUGCACGCCAUUGAUACACGGGGUGCGGAAAAUGGUUUGGGGUGCACUGAAUGCAGGUGUGAUCUAUAUAAUGUCUCAACGGAUUCACGUGGUCAGCCUUUGAAGCCAGGUUACAAAGGAGGUUUAUAUUGUUGUUAUGAUGGUGUACAGUGCAGAGUAAAACAGGGCUUUAAUGGUGCCAAGAGAAGCCUAUACUUGAGAUAUACUGUGAAGUGGGUUGAUUGGUCUGAUGCAGUUGUGCCUGUCAAGAUUUAUAUCUUUGAUGUCACUGACAGGAUGAAUCAUUCAGCAGGACCUUCUAUUGUACAUGAUUGCAGGGUCGAAUAUAAUGUUGAAGAGUCUUGCAGUGCCGCUAGUACAGCUAGUGACAGGUGCUUAGACAACCAACGGGCAAUGGUUACUAUGCCAGCUGGUGGUUAUGUCGUCUAUGGUGUAGCCCAUCAGCACACAGGGGGGCUUGGUUCAACUCUAUAUGGAGAGGAUGGGAGGAUUCUAUGUUCCUCAAUACCAAUUUAUGGAAAAGGAAAGGAAGCUGGAAAUGAGGCCGGUUAUAUUGUAGGAAUGUCCGCUUGUUAUCCUCAACCAGGCUCUGUCAAAAUAAAUGACGGGGAGACUCUGAUUGUGUUAUCUAACUAUAGCAGCACACAGACUCACACAGGAGUUAUGGGUCUCUUCUACAUUUUGGUUGCAGACACCCUGCCAAAGUCCUCCUUGCUUAGCUUGGACGCUCCACUCUGA